UUUCAGAAAAAUGCCUUGGCUUCUGAGGUAUACGAGCAAGUAUUCUACUCUUUGGACCUUGAAGAAAGAGAUUACUUUGGUUUACAGUUUACUGACCACUACCAUGUUCAUCACUGGUUGGAUCCGAUGAAAAAGCUCGUGAAGCAAGUUCCUAUUGGGCCACCGUACACAUUCCGUUUUCGAGUGAAGUUUUACACUAGUGAGCCAAGUAAUCUUAAAGAAGACUCUCAGAAAGCUGAACUACAAAGUAUCAAGUACCAAUUUUUCCUUCAAAUCAAGCAAGACAUUCUCUUUGGUCGGCUUCCAUGUAGCAAAGAGGUAGGAGUGGAACUAGCAGCGUAUGCUCUACAGUCCGAACUUGGAGACUACAAUCCAAGUGAACACAACGCAUUGUUCAUUUCACAGUUUCGGUUUCAUCCAGAGCAGGAUGCUCAGAUGGAAAUUGAUGUUUUGGAACGAUUCAAAUUGUGCAGAGGUCAAACUCCUGCACAGUCUGAGGCAAACUACCUUAGCAGAGCGAAGUGGCUUGAACUUUAUGGUGUUGACAUGCAUACAGUUGAAGGGAAGGAUGGAAACCAGUAUUCCCUGGGACUAACACCAUCAGGAAUGUUGGUGUUCGAUGGCACUGAGAAAAUUGGACUUUUCUUCUGGGAAAAGAUUCAAAAACUUGAUUUCAAAAACCGGAAAAUCACUCUUGUCGUUGAAGAAGAUGCUGACCAGUCGGCCAACGGACAAGUGCAACUUCAUACAUUUGUCUUCAAUUUGGCAUCCCACAAAGCUUGUAAGCAUUUAUGGAAAUGUGCCAUUGAACACCAUACAUUCUUUCGGCUGAAAACACGUUCAUGUGUGAAACACUCACGUUCGCAGCUUUUUCGUCUCGGCAGUACCUUCAAGUAUCGCGGUCGCACUGAGUAUGAAGCUGUUCAUAAAGAUGGGGCACGUCUCUCACGUAGAACAACAUCAACAUUUGAAAGAAGACCUAGCCAGAGAUUUGGGCCGAGACAGAGCCAUGCUAUAUAUUAUGACGUUUUAUUAUCACAGAACACUUCUCCUACGAUAGAGAAGCCUGUCGAAUUCUCUGAGCCAGUUGAGGCAACGUCCGCGCGCCUUACUAGUAAAAUCCCGAAAUAUUUGCCAACUUCAUCGUGUAAGGUGUGGUAUAGACUUUCCUGCAUUACUACUAACCCUCCUUUCCACGUAAUUAAUUUUUUAGAAUUAGCAUGUUGUUCCGCUUAA